GUGUGUCGGUGUCAGCGACAAACAAACCGUCCGUGAGGGACAGAGGGCCGCUUCAGCAGCAGCGGAUGAAUAGCGGGACUCACAAAGGGACGCGCACUCAUGCAUGAAUGUGUGCGCGUGUGCAGUAAUCUGGGUCUGGUGGAGCUUUUCCAGGACCUCGCCGUGGAUGUGCCGCUGCUGAUGGGUCUGAGUGCCCCGCUUCGCUGCAUGUGUCCUGGGAUGAAGUAGUUCUCCUCCUCGUUCACCAAAGGAACCUACUGUUGAAGUCACCUUUUCGCUCCUCAUGGUGCUCGGACGAGACAUGGACGGGAUCGGCCACACCAUGCAGAAGAAAGCCGCGGAGCUGGAGCGGCUGGCCGAGGUGCUGGUCACCGGGGAGCAGCUCAGGCUGCGGCUCCACGAGGCCAAGGUGAUCAAGGACCGGCGGCACCACCUGCGGACGUACCCCAACUGCUUCGUGGCCAAGGAGCUCAUCGACUGGCUGAUCGAGCACAAGGAGGCCUGCGACCGGGACACCGCCAUCAAGAUCAUGCAGAAGCUGUUGGACCAGAGCAUCGUUCACCACGUGUGCGACGAGCACCGGGAGUUCAAAGACCUGAAGCUGUUCUACCGCUUCCGCAAGGACGACGGCACCUUCCCGUUGGACAGUGAGGCCAAAGUCUUCAUGAGGGGGCAGAGGAUCUACGAGAAGAUGAUGAACACGGAGAACAACCUCCUGCAGACGAGGGACGAGGACGGGGGGACGUUCGAGCGAACCUUGGUGGCCUCCGAGUUCAUCGACUGGCUGUUAAAGGAGGGGGAGAUGGCGACCAGGGAGGAGGCGGAGCAGCUGGGACGCAGGCUCCUUGAACACGGCAUCAUCCAGCACGUCACCAACAAGCACCACUUUGUCAACGGGCCCCUCCUCUACCAGUUCAGGAUGAACUUCCGGCGACGGCGGCGUCUGAUCGAACUGCUCCACGAGCGCGGACGCUGCAUCCCAGAGAGCCACGACAGCCCCUUCUGCCUCCGCAAGCAGAACUCGGACGGAAGCAACAGCAGCUUCCUCUCAGUGAGUCCCACUAAAGAGAUCAAGGUGGUGGUGGGAGUUCGGCGGAGCAGCAUGAGCAGCAGCUGUGGCAGCAGCGGUUACUACAGCAGCAGUCCCACACUCAGCAGCAGCCCACCCGUCCUGUGCAACCCCAAAUCUGUUCUGAAAAGGCAAGUGAGUCCAGAGGAGCUGCAGACACCAGGAGGACCGUUCAUAAAGAAGACCUUCACAAUUGUGGGUGACGCCGUGGGCUGGGGCUUCGUGGUGCGAGGCAGCAAACCCUGUCACAUCCAGGCCGUGGACCCCGGCGGCCCCGCGGCCGCUGCUGGAAUGAAGGUCUGCCAGUUUGUGGUGUCCGUCAACGGCCUCAACGUCCUCUGCCACGACUACAGGACCGUCAGCAACCUGAUCCUGACUGGACCCAGGACCAUCGUCAUGGAGGUGAUGGAGGAGGUAUAACUGAGGGUGGAGGAGUAGUGCGAGCAGAGAAUUAGAGCAACGUGGACGACUUGGAAUGCAGCACACACUCUGCUUUAAUGACGACUGACUUUGUGUGAAGUAGAAGAGCCUGUAUUCUCUGGUUUUGCUUGUUUUUGGACCCAGACUUCAUCACGAAUCAGAUGCUGAACAUGAUCAGCGUUUCGGUGAAGCUCAAACAGUAACAAUAGUGAAGAACACUUAAUGCUGACACAGUAACCUCGUUUCCAGUUUGGGUAUGGAACCAUGGAAGCUCCUGACAGCUCAACACUGCCCCCUGCUGGCACAGGCAGGAGGACACCGGCACACAGCGUACGGGACGAAGUACCUCUGUUUUUAUAGUUGUUCCUUACUUGGAACCACAUAGUUAAAUAGAAAACACAAGUUUGUAUCUUUUGUCAUGUAAAAAUCUCCAGGGAAUUCACAGCUGAAGUGAUGCCACAGUAGAUUUCUGCAGAGCUACUGUGAUAAACUGCCUCCGACACUGACAGGGAUAAAAUAGACAGGAACUUUACUCACAAAUGCACAAACCGCACAGAAUAAAGCUAACGUCUAGAGUGUCGCCCACGUUUAAAUCGCUACAGCACUGACAGCAUGUAGGACGUUUUAAAGAAACCAUCUGAAUACUUCUGCACAAGAUGACACAAAUCAUUUAUAGCUUUUAGAGCCAAACCCUUAAGUAUAUCAGCACUUUAUAUAUCAAAUAAGCUCAUAAAAAUGGCAAAUGGACAAAAGCACUUGGGUUUUCUGCCUUUUGUUUUAGAUGUUAUUACUUUCACACAAAGCAAAUGAUCCAGUGCAGUAGUCUUUAAUGGAAUGAAGCAUUUCCAGGCAGAUACUGUAGAGUAACGUACAGUAAUGAUGCAGUCACUACACACAAAGCUACAACAUAGCUUAUUUUGUAGAAACAUGCUUUAAAACGUGUAGAGGUACCGGAGAAGCUCCUGUAGGUGUUUCUUAUAACCAAAUAAUGGGUUUGAUUUCCAGCUUGACUUGUAUGUUCGUUAGCAUUUGUAAUUAAUGGUGGUAGUUUUUAGGACUAAUACCUGAAGGGCUGGCAGAGCGCGGGGCAGCGGGAGGCGGGCGAGCUGUCUUUAUUUAGAAAAGCUGCAUAUUAUAGUGAGGGCAGUGUAUACCUGCUGCAUAUUUUCAUAUAUGAAUAAACUAAUCUUAAGGUGUCAAUCACAAAAGCACAUUUGCUCAUUUUCUACAGUGUGUGUGUAAGUGUAGGAUGGGAUUGUUCAUUCAUUCAUUUAAUUUUCAGUCCUUUGAGAAUCAAGUAAAAUUAAUUUAUCACCAGGGCAAAAAACAUUAAAGUGUUCACAUUAAUGUAAAAUAAUUAGAUUAAUAAGUAAAACUGAAGUCAGCAUUGUUGUUUCCUUAGACGACCCUAAAACAUAGUAACUGUAUAUUUGUAGACCGUCGCCUGCUUAGCAUAAAUAGUGCGUUCCAUUGUAUAUAAUGAACAAAGCAGAGCAUGGAGGAGCUCAUAUUCUACACACAGUACAGUAUGUGCCUGUAUCCGCGCUUGAGCCCCACAUCAGCACUUAGUAACCUGUGCCAAAACCAAACUUCACUGCCUGGUUCAGUGGACACACAGGAUAUGAGCCAAGUUAUUACUAAGCACAGUAAACAAGGUUGUUGUAAUGUAUGUUUUAUGGAACAUGUGUGUAGGAAAUCCUUAUUGCCAAACAAACAUAAUUAGUCACAGCAGGGUGUCUGUCGUCAGCCGCCAUCAUCAGUCUGACCCAUAGAGCAGAGUUCUGAGUUCACUGGAUCUGGGCCUUUGCUGAGAACCUACACUGCAUGAAUAUGACGCAGAACACAGAACUGGUUCACUGAACGUUCAUGAUCAAACUGAAUUAUCGGCUGUAAUGUAACAGUGUUGGUGAUUCUUGAAUCACAGGUUUUCCUUUCUCUUUUUGUCACAUUCAUUCUAAACACUUAAUGCUCAGCAAUGGCUUCGCUUCUUACUUACCUGAGUUUCCUACUUGUUUUGUCUAGAUAAUGAUCAGUAGCUUAACAUGUAAUGGAGAUGUUUCCUGUUUGUCUUUUUAAAAGCGACAGAAGUUGAUUGAUGUCAAAGAAGGGUUGUUGGAAAUAGAAAUAUGCAAAAGUGUGUGUCAGACUUACUAAUAUGAUCCUUGUGACAGUUCCCUGUGGCCAUAGUUCAAAUGUUUGCCUUAAGAGCUUGUUUUGCUGCUAAUCACAGUUGGUUGUGGUCUAAACUCUGAUCCUUGUAAAUGCUCAUUGUAUCAUGUGAUCACGCUUCAGUUACUGACAAUCAUUGUCUUUGUGAACCACGGCUUCUGGAGCCGCGCUGCCACUUUCGCACGGGGUUGUGUGAUGAUCGGGGUUCUUUGCUUCACGCUUCACUUGGAGGCCAGACCGGUCCAGCAGGUACGGCUGUGUGUCACGUUCUCUGCUCUCAGACUGAAUGUUUGAAGACGACACGCGGUACCACAGUGUGUCUGUGUCUGGCAAAGCAGCUGUUCUAAUGUAAUAAACAGUUACAUGUUUCAUUCGAA